AUGCAUUCAUCGAAACACUUUAUUAUUAUUACUUUGCUAAUUCUGCUUUCGCUGGCAACGGCAAUUGCCCGAACAGCCGCCGAAUGGAGAUCGCGCACAAUAUAUCAAUUACUUACCGACCGCUUUGCACAAUCACCUGGAAAUGGGAAUCUACAGUUAUGUGCUAAUAAUGGCGGCAGCAACUAUAUCAAUGAGAUUAGACAUUAUUGUGGGGGAACAUUUACUGGUAUUAUCGACAAGCUAGAUUAUAUCAAAAGCAUGGGGUUCAAUGCAAUCUGGAUCAGUCCCGUUGUUAAGCAAUUCGAGAAAGAAACAAAAUACGGUCUGGGCUGGCAUGGAUAUUGGGCACAGGAUAUCUAUGAAAUUAAUUCACACUUUGGUACGGCAGACGAAUUGAAACAACUCGUAGCAGCAGCACAUGCACGUGACAUUUGGGUGAUGGUCGAUGUUGUCGCCAAUCACAUGGGCCCACAACAAGAUUUAACACCGUAUACGACAGAGUAUUUGAAUGCUUACACUCCAUUUAAUAAGACCAACCACUAUCAUGAUUUCUGCGUCAUCAAAGAUUGGGGUAACGACGAUGAAAUUGAACGUUGCUGUCUUGGAGGAGAUGAGCUUCCAUUACCAGAUAUCAACACUGAAAACCCUCAAGUCAUAGACAUCUUCUACAACUGGAUCAAAGAUCUAGUUCGUGAAUAUAAUUUCGAUGGCAUCCGUAUUGAUACCGUUAAACAUGUUCGCAAAGAAUUCUGGAGUGGGUUUACUGCUGCCGCCGGAGUAUUUUCCAUAGGCGAAAUGUUUCAUGGUGAUCCUUCCAAAGUAGGCGAAUAUCAAAAUUACAUGGACGCCGUACUCGGAUAUCCGUUGUUUUACAAUAUCAUAUCAGUCUUUACAAACCCGUUUUCCGAUAUGGGUUCUGUCAGCAGAGCAGUCCAGAGCAUGAGGGGUGCAUUCAAGGACGUGACCGUAUUAGGGAAUUUCAUUGAUAAUCAUGACGUACCCAGAUUCUUGUCAAGAACGCAAGACAGAAACUUGUUGAAAAACGCACUGACGUUCGUGUUGCUAACAGAUGGAAUACCAAUUGUGUAUCAAGGCACUGAGCAGGGAUUCAACGGAGGAGACGAUCCAUGGAACCGGGAAGCCUUAUGGCCAUCAAACUAUACACAAUCGAGUGACUUGUAUCAAUUCAUUGCAACGAUAAACAAAUUCCGACAGACACUCCCAUCCUCAUAUUUCACAUCACUUUCGGUUGAAGCGUGGGCAAAUGAUCGUAUUUAUGCCUUCUUCAAAGACAGAGCGUUGGUCGUCAUGACAAUAUACGGAACAUAUGAUCCCAUGUUCAGUAUACAAAUUAAAACCAAUGGAUUAUACAACAUUGGCACAGAGCUAGUGAACAUAUUGAACUGUGCAGAGAAAAUAACUGUAGAUAAUAACGGCGAAGUUGGGUAA